AUGGCUCCGACGUUUCGUAUUCAUAUAGCAUGGGCCGCUUUCAUCGAUCUCCCGACUGUCCCACCAUCUCCCUCUGCUCAACGUGAUCUCAUGGUAUCCUUUCUCAUCUGCUUCAUACUCUACGCUGUCUUCUCCAAGCACGCCGUUCGGCAUCUACCCUUACCUCCUGGUCCGAGAACAUCAUGGUUUGGUUCUGUUGAGUUACCUAAAACCUAUCCGUGGAUAACCUAUGCCCAGUGGAGGAAGACAUAUGGUGAUCUCGUCUAUAUCUACGUCUUCGGCAAUCCCGUCGUGGUUCUGAACUCGGCUCGAGUGGUCAACGAUCUCCUCGAGAAACGGAGCAGUAUUUAUUCCUCCAGACCAUUUCGAUCAAUGGUAACCCAACUUAUGGGCUGGGACUGGCUUUUCUCCACAAUACCUUAUGGACCAUGGUGGAAGAAGCAUCGGGCUAUGUUCCACCAACAUUUCAACGCAGCCAAUACUUCUACGUAUCACCCUGUCAUGCUGAGAGAAACACGUGUCCUCCUUCGCAACCUUACUGACUCCCCCGACAACCUGGAUCAUCACAUACGAAGGAAUGCUGCCGCAAUCGUGUUGAGUGUGGCGUACGGGCAUCAGGUAGCACCUGAGGGAGAUCCGUAUGUUCUGUUGGCGGACCAGGCAAUGAAUACUCUCGGAUUAGCUGGCAUCUUCGGAACAUACCUUGUAGACUACAUACCUCCCCUGCGAUUCAUUCCUGCAUGGAUGCCUGGUGCAGGAUUUAAGCGACAGGCCUUGGAAUGGCGCAAGCUGAACCAGGCCAUGCUCAAUGCACCUUUCAAGAUGGUCAAGGAGCGAAUGGCUUCGGGAAACGCGAUACCAUGCAUAACUGCUGCCGCUGUGGAAGAGUGGCUUCAGUCCGGACGUGAUCCUGAGCAAGAGAAGGUUAUCAAGGGUGUUGCUGCUACCUCGUAUGCUGCCGGCGCUGACACCACUGUUUCUGCUGUUCUAUCAUUCUUCCUGGCGAUGACAGUCUAUCCCGAGGUCCUCGAAAGAGCACAAGCAGAGAUAGACAAAGUCGUAGGCCGAGAUCGUUUACCCGAUUUCUCUGACAGGGACUCCCUUCCUUACAUCGAUUGGAUAGUCUGGGAGUGUCUUCGAUGGAAUCCAGUCACGCCCUUGGGAAUAGCACACAGCUUGACAGAAGACGACGUGUACGAGGGCAAAUUGAUCCCCAAGGAUACCACCGUCAUUCCUAACACCUGGGCGAUCCUUCACGACGAAGCAACAUAUCCUGAACCGUACAGAUUUUUCCCUGAAAGAUACGCUGACAACUUGAAGAACACUGAACUCGGCAUCAAUGAGCCACCUCUGGCUGCCUUCGGAUAUGGUCGACGGAUAUGCCCAGGUCGCUGGCUUGCUACUGACUCUGUCUGGAUUGCUGUCGCCACUGUCGCGGCGGCCUUCAACAUUGCUAAGGCCCUCGAUGAGAAGGGGGUUCCGAUUGAACCGGAAGUAGAAUACACUUCUACACUACUCAGUCAUCCGAAGCAUUUCCAGUGCAGCAUCGUCCAGCGCUCCGAUGCUGCUGCCGCGCUGAUUGCGCAAACCUCAGACGAAUGA